GUGCGAGGGGUGGGUUCUAAAGGAGGAGGUGUCCAUCUGAGAGAUCUGACUCGGUUUGUAUCUCUCGGGUAAGGCUUGUGGCAUGAAGGUGAAGUGGUGAAUAAGCUACACAUUCUGCCAACUUUUGCCUUGGGCGUCUCCUGAAGAAUCCGUAAGUGGGCCCUGUAGACAGACAAAAUACGAGGAGUUCAUAUCCUGGGGAGGAAUUAUUCUGACGAAUUCAGAAAGGUCCAAUACACGAGAUGAAGAUCUUCAUGACUCUGUCCUUGAUAAACUGCCUGAUUGUGUCUAAUGUAGCUAAGUUGUUGAGCCGCUGUGAGGUAGCCAAUAAACUAAGCGAUGAAGGUCUAGAUGGCUAUGAUGGUUACAGCCUUGAAAACUGGGUCUGCCUGGCUUUCUUUGCGAGCAAGUUCAAUACCACUGCGGAACACAAAGAAGAAGAUGGGAGCACUAGUUACGGAAUCUUCCAAAUCAACAGCAAAGAAUGGUGCACCAACCACGAAGAACACAGCAGGAACCGCUGUCACCAUCUCUGCAGCGGUACAGUCGGACUCGCGCCCUCAAACUUGGACAAGCCACCUAAUUUCCCCACGUACUUCCAGAGUAGCGACUUGAGCAACAGCAUUGAAUGUGCCAAGAAAAUCAUUAAAGAAAAGGAAGGAAUGGGACAUUGGUACGUCUGGAAAGAGAACUGCCAGAAUAGUCACGGCCUGAAAAGAUGGCUGUACCGCUGUGAUGAGUGAAUUUGCCUGUGGAUCUCCUGCAGCGGCUGACUUGGGCCCAGAUAUGCCCCAAGGAAACGCUUUUCUCUCUUUUCCUCUCCCUCUCCCGGGGGAUUGUGUUACUGUCUUCCAAUCCCCAACUGAAAAGGAAAAUAUGGCACUUUUGUGAGGCUACAAAAUACACAAAUUGUUCAUUCCUCCCUGAA